UGAAGCUUGUUGUGGCAGACAGCUGAUCGCAUUCAGAAGGGAAUAAAGUUUAAAAUUUUUAUCCCUUUAGAUUGGUACUAAGUUCAAAAAAUAUGACAGAAAGUGAUUCUGGAGUUGAUACAGGAAGUGAAAGUAAUGAAAGCAAUUACAUGUCAGUUGGAUCUCCUCCUCGUUCGGAUGAAGAUAAGGAAAUAAAUGAUUUCGUUGAAAAAUCUCAUCCUGUUUAUGUCCAUAAUGGUGUGCCUUUUGGGAAUUUACAACAAAAGCCCUUACAGCAAGCAACUUGCAGUUAUGGAUUCAGUGAUUAUCGCCAACAUGACCAAGUGAAAAAGAUGAAGCAAUGUUUCAAUCGUAAGAGUGCUGUGAGAUGGAAAAAGCAAGUUAUUCCAAAAACAAAUCUCAUUGAUGAAAGAAAAUUAAGAUCUGCUGCAAAUGCAAAUGAUAUUGAAACUGUUAGUCGAUUGUUAGAAAAUGACGUUGAUCCAUGCGCUUCUGAUGGGAGACAGAGAACUGCUCUGCAUUUUGCUGCAGCUGGUGGACACACUGAAAUUGCACGGCUUUUAAUAGAAAGAGGAGCUGAUCCAAAUCAAAGGGAUUCAGUUGGAAAUACCCCUUUACAUUUAGCGGCAUGUACCACACACAUUGAAAUGGUGACUCUAUUGCUUAAAGGAGGGACAGAUGUUAAUGCCUUGGAUUAUUCUGGAAGAUCUCCUUUCCAUUUGGCUCAGUCAAAGUUGAAACUUUUGCAAAUGAAUAGAGAAUACUCUUCUGCACAGCUGAAAACAGAAGUUGUUCACGUUUUAGAAAUGAUGCAAGUUUACCUGCAAAGAUCAGGAAGAGAUGGAGAAGUAGGCCUCUUAAAUGCUUUUUCAAACAGAUUACAACACCAUCAGACUAGAGAAGAAGUUGAUGGGGAUGUCAAAGAUCUUCUGUCAAGUCUUUCUCAUUUGAGCUUACAAACUGCCUAGCUCAUGUCAACUGUUUGAGUUUCCUACAAUAUUGCCAUGUGGUAAAUUUUAAUGUUUUGUACAUUUCAUACUGAUUUAUGUGAAUAUUUUCAGAUGAAAGUAAUAAUUCAAACAAAUUGCAUUUUUGUAUUUUGAUGUAUAAAGUUUGUGGAAGAGUGGUUAGACUUAGAAUUUCGGUGUUAAAUGUGACAAAACUUAGAUGAUAUAUUUUUAUCAGUUAGCAAAAGCACUGUCAUUUGCACAUUUGUAUUUUGAAGAGUGUAUUCAUGUCUUCAAUGAAUUGUUUGUUAAGAUUUCCAAAAUGUGGUAUUUGAUAUGAGGAUUUUCAUAUUUAACUACAACGAAGACAAAUGUGUUUAUUAAUAGUUGAUUAGAACUCAAGAAACUGCAUUUUUAAUUGAACUAAGCUAUUUGUUUGCUUAAAGAAACUUUUUG